CCAAACUGCAGAAUCUUCAUUCCCAUCUUCAACUUUACACCAUCCUUCUAUUGAUUGCUUUUGUUUUGUUCUUGUACAUUGUUGAUAGUCUAGUAACAUAUCACCAUCUUCGUUCAUCGCAGCAUUCUAGACAUAUUCAUCACUGUUCAUCCUUCCAAUCAUCGGUUUGUUAUCACCCAACUAAAAUUUGCCUAGCUUGUUUCUCAAUUCACCCCUCUCCGGAUUCCAUCAUCAGCGAAAGUACAGCCAGCGACAAGUAUACCUCUACUAGCAUGAUCGUCUAAAGCCAACAUGUCCCGCUACCAUAACCUCCCCGACUCCAAAACGGACAUCAACCCUUACGAUGGCGAAGACUCCUACGCCAUGAUCUCUUCAUCUUCACUAUCCUCCCCAGACUUCAUCGACAAGGCCCCGGGGCCCGCCAAAGGUCACAACAACAACCUCACCAUCCCCGACCUCUCAACCUUCCACCCCUCCGCCCUCCGCUCGCUAACCACCUCCCCCUUCUCCGAGCAUGAACUCCUCUCCCCUUCAUUCCAACACAUCCGCCGGACCCUCUCCCGCUCCCCGUCACCCUCAAGGUCCUUCCAACAUGGCCCCAUUGGCCCCAACUCCUCCAACCCAAAAUCACGAAUCAUCAACUUCCUCCACCGCAAUCGGCCUCUCUUCCAAGUAGCCAUCGCCCAACUCUUUGGGGCUUUGAUGAACCUCUCUGCUCGUCUUCUCGAACUUUCUGGCGAAGUGGAAGGGGGAGGAGAAGGAGAAGAAGAAGGAAAAGCAGGAAUGCACCCCUUCCAGAUCCUCUUUGCCCGAAUGUUUUUAACCAGUCUCCUCUCGCUUCUUUACAUGCACUGGAAAAAGGUCGAGUUUGCGCCGUGGGGGAGGAGGGAGGUGCGGUGGUUGUUGGUUUUGCGGGGUGUUACUGGGUUUUUCGGCAUCUUCCCCCUCUGGUACUCCAUGCUCUACCUCCCCAUCGCCGAAGCAACAGUCAUCACCUUCUUGGCUCCCUCCCUCUCAGGCUACCUCUCCCACCUGCUUCUCAAAGACCCCUUCACCAAAAAAGAGCAAAUAGCCAGCUUCGUCGCCUUGGCCGGCGUCGUCCUAAUCGCCCGCCCUAUUUCCUUUUUGUUUUCCUCUUCCUCCUCCACACCAACAACUGUCCCACCCUCUUUGGAUCCCAAUACCAACACCACCAACCUCACCUCCCCCGCUUCACCCGCCACCAAUAAUAUCACCGACGACAUGCCCCCCUCCCUCCGCCUCCUAGGCAUCGCCUCCGCCCUGCUCAGCGUCCUCGGCGCAUCUGCAGCCUACACCACCAUCCGCGCCCUCGGCCCUUCCACCCACCCUUUAAUCUCCGUCAACUACUUUAGCCUGUGGUGCACCUUCGUCUCCCUCCUAGCUUUACUUCUCUGUCCUUUACUCGGCAUCGGACAGGAGGCCACAAAUCUAGUACCCGCUAUUCGCUGGGGACUGCCUAGGGGAGUGUAUCAAUGGGGUUUGUUGAUAGGGUUAGGAGUUGCCGGGUUUGUAAUGCAGUUUUUGUUGACGUCUGGGUUGGGGGCUGGGCCGGGACGUGAUAAAGAUGGGGAUGGAAAGGGGGGUGGUGAAAGUGGGGGUGAAGGUGAAAGGAGAAGGGACCAACGGGUGACGAUGACGAAGGGAGCAACGAAGUCGAAUCGCGCGACGGCCAUGAUUUAUACGCAGAUGCUAUUCGCGGCGGGGUUUGAUAAGUGGGUGUUUGGACGGACCAUGAGUGGGUGGAGUGUGGUUGGGUGUGGGCUAAUCGUUGGAAGUGCGUUGUGGGCUGUUUUGGCAAAGGAGACGGGUGCAGAAAAGGAAGGGGUGAGGGGUGGACAGGAGGGUGCAGAUUUGGAGAUGGCUGGGGGUAUGAGGGAAAGUAGGACGGAGAGUGGCGAAGAAGAGGAAGGUGUGCCGAUGUUGAGAGGGACAGAAGUAGAAGAAGGGGUCGCAUCUAGGGACCAACGGACUGAUGACUGAUGUGGUCUGUUUACGAGCAGCCUUCUAUAGAAUAACCAGAUUGCGAACGCACUGAAAGCAUAUUGGUCAGCCGCGAGCCAAGUGAGACAAGAAGGAAAACCUGGGUUGAGACUUGGCCCUUCUCUAGUCCUUGGACACUCUGCGCUUAAACCUGCCUGGGAAACUGGUGCAGCGAUUGCCAAAGACAUACUUCGAUAGGAACGCCUUUGAGGAUGGUCAGACGGAGCUUUCCCAUUUUCAUGAUCUGAGUGCACGGGGGAAUUACAGAUUUCUGUGCCAGAGGUGGAAGAGUACAGCAGGGUAAGGGUAAGGGAGGAGAAGAUUGAGGGAGUUGCUCGGAGUGGGUGCCGAAGUGAAGGCUGGUGCUUCUCGAGUUACGUUGGCAAGCAGAUGUGAUCAUUGUCAGUGGUGUGCAAUGAUGCUAACCGGACUGAAUGGGG